AUGUUAGGAAAGCAUGUAACUGCGCUAUUACACCGUAUUCGUCGUGGUAUUUGUUGUGGUCGCCAGAAGAAGGUUCUAAUGCGGACAAUCACCGUAUUUUGUGAAGUGCAGCGACUCAGUUCAAAGGAGACUGCUCAGAAGACGAUCCUCAUCGACAGUGCUCCACUAAGAGUUCUACACGAGAAGGUGUCACUAACGGUUCAAGCUCCACAGAAAUCCGACCAGACAAACAGACCAUCUUCAAAUGAUUCUGAUUCGUCAACUAUAAACUCAACAACUACUUGUGCUCAACUUGUUGAACAGAAACUUCAAGAAAUCACGCAAGAGGUUGAAAAUUUGGCCGCUGCAGCGACGAAAAACGCGGCCACAUCGAAAGCUGAGGAGUACAGGACACAACGCGCAACGUCUGAAGUGAGCUCGUCAUCCUUGGCCGCAUCUGAAGGCUAUCGUACGCCGGAGCAAUCGUUACGAAUCGAAAUUGCAACUCCACCCGUCACAAAACCUCGCCAGAUUUUCUUGUCACCAAACGCUUCGCUUCACUUAACACCCAAUUCUGAAUCAUCACAAUCACAACGUCUUCCACCACCGCAACCACCGCCAAAACCUUCUGUCGAUCUGAGAUUACUAGCUGAAACGACUCAUCGGCUGAUCGACGAAGCCGCAGAGAUCCCUGUAAUGCAACGUGCACCAUUACCGGAGAAGAAUCGCGAAAGCCUCGCCGAUCGUCUCAGUAAAGGGAUCCAUGACCUUACGCAAGGGUCAAGUGACCGUCUUCAACGCUGGAAGAGCAAGCUACAGAAUGGCAAUCCCUCCAGAAGGCAGAAAGACCAAAGUGAACCGCCACCGAUCAGAAGGUGA